GGAGCGGGAAUGGAGUUGGGCGACUUGGCGGGUAAUUCGGGUGGCGGGAGUGGAGGGUCCGUGCUGUGUUCGUGUCCCGGCCGCUGCGUGGUUAACGGGUCAUGCUCUGCCGCUCGCUCCUCCGCCGGGCCCAGGCCGGGCCGCAGCGUCUGCCCUUGCAAUAUCCCCUACAACAUCUCUUGAAUUGCUAUCAGUGUAUUCAGCAAGAUGACCACCUUUCUUACGGAGAGAUGGGAAUGCCAGUUCCUCCUUUUGGUUGCACCUUUUCUACAGCUUCAGAUUUGCAGCAUGUACUUGCAGUCGCAAAUGAAGAAGGCUUUGUCAGGCUUUAUGAUACUGACACCCAGAACAGUGGCCAGCAGAUCUUUAGAGAGUGGCUGGCUCACUCAAAUGCUGUCUUCGACCUUGCCUGGGUGCCUGGGGAACACAGGAUUGUUACAGCUUCAGGAGACCAGACAGCCAAGGUGUGGGACGUAAGGGCUGGUGAACUGCUUGGCAUAUGUAAAGGUCAUCAGUGCAGCCUCAAGUCAGUUGCUUUCUCUAAAUUUGAGAAAGCUGUCUUCUGUACUGGAGGCAGAGAUGGAAACAUCAUGCUCUGGGACACCAGAUGCAACAAGAAAGAUGGAUUUUACAGGCAGGUGAAUCAAAUUGGAGGAGCCCACAACAUAGUAGACAAGCAGAUACUCUCCAAACCAAAGAAGAAAAAGCAGAAUCACAGAGGACUUGCCCCUUCAGUGGAUUUCCAGCAGAGUGUGACAGUGGUGCUGCUUCAAGAUGAACACACCCUUAUCUCUGCAGGAGCUGUCGAUGGUGUAAUCAAAGUAUGGGACUUGCGCAAGAACUACACCAUGUAUCGGCAGGAUCCAGUGCCGUUCAAGUCAUUCUGCUACCCUGGGAUCAGCACUCGCAAACUGGGAUAUUCUAGUCUGGUUCUGGACUCCACUGGUACCAGUCUGUUUGCUAACUGCACAGAUGACAAUAUUUACAUGUUCAAUACGACAAGUUUAAAGACCACUCCAGUGGCAGUCUUCAAUGGACACCAGAAUUCCACCUUUUAUGUCAAGUCUAGCACUAGCCCAGAUGACCAGUUCCUGGUUAGUGGCUCAAGCGACCAGAGUGCCUACAUCUGGAAGAUUUCUGAGCCCCAUCUUCCUCCCAUGAUGCUCCUUGGUCACUCUCAAGAGGUUACCUCUGUUGCCUGGUGUCCUUCAGACUUCACUAAGAUCGCCACAUGUUCUGAUGACAACACUGUGAGGAUUUGGCGCUUACGGCGUGACCGUGAUAAGGAGAGACUGACAUCAGGCAAAGUCAACUUGGUAGGCUGGGUCUGUCAGAAGAAACCAGAAGAGCAAAAUGGAAUAGUACUACCAGUCAGCACGCAGAGAACUCCUGCAAAAGUCUCCAUGGUGGGUAGCCCAUGCAUUUCCUCACCCCGGCCAGCAGCUUGUGCUCCCAGCUAUGCCGGGGACCUUCCUCUUUCUACCAACACUCCAACAUUCUCUAUCAAAAACCCAACAGUCGAGGCCCACACUCCAGCGAAGCAAAGCCAAGCCAUAUCAGGAACUUCUCCCAAACCAUCAUCUUCCACCAAGAUGUCCAUUAAACACUGGGUUACCAGGACUCCGUACUCCUCUCCACCAGGGAUGGGGACAAAGACGCCUUCUCCAAGAAAAGCCCUGGCAGAGGUCAUACAGGGUCUUCCAGAGGCAGUUAGCACCCCCAUAGCAUCACAUUCACGGUUUGAGAAGCGAGCCAAAAGGAGGCUGGAGUCCAGCAAGGGAGAUCACAUGGGGCAGAAGUGUCUGAAAGGCUGCAGUUGUGUGACUGAGCUGGACCCAGAGGCUAAAAAAUCCAAGCUGGAUUUGUGCUUCUUGGCAGCAGGCCAAAAGGCCUGUAGUGAAGACUGUCUGAGCCUCGCUGAGUUGAAUAAUAGAACUGAAGACUGUGGCCAGAGCCCAAAGGAGACAUCCCUUCCUGAAAGCCCUCUUAAUCAGGCAGGCUUCCAGACUCCCCCUCUUCCUUUAAAGAACUCCUGCAGGAAAGGGGCUGGUGUGCUGGACAAAGAGAACAGUUCACCUGGGAAGAAAACCUGGCUGUCUGCAAUGGGAGAGAAACUGAAGACUAGCAAAGCCAGUAGCCAAAAAGUGUCAGGCAACAGCCCACCAUCCUCUCGGAGUCCCAGCACAAGACAAGAGGCAGCGACUGCAGCCAGUCCAUCAGGAUCUGUUGCAGUCACUUCAGUUUCCAUGAGGAAGAUCUGCACGUACUUCCAUCGAAAGUCACAGAAUGACUAGUGCAGUGUGCUGCAUUUGAAAGGAACUGUAGCCCUGAUUGUUGACACACCACUGGUGCUACCAAGAGUGGAUUUAGCAACACAGAAGGAGGAAGACACUAGGAUUAGCCAAUGCAUUGUUGGCCCUUAAUAAAGUUGGAUUUUUUUU